ACUUCAAAUUAUCUAAAUUCCCUAUGAUCCUUCCUCACCUUAGAUUUACCAUCAUCUACCCUAACUACAUAUUUCAUCUAUGUUCCAACAAUCUUUGAGCUUGAAGGUCCUCCCUAGAAAUUUCUUGAGCUUGAGUGUGCAGAAUUUCCUCUUUUUUUUUUUUUCUUUGUUUUUUCAUUAGGAAUAUCAUCCUCAAAUACCAUCUAACCCUUCUUAGAGGACGAGGCAGCACAUAAGAUAAAUCCUCAUGACAACCAUAAGAAGAGUUGGAAGAAUAACUGUGUUGAUCCCGAAUUUGAUCCAAGAGUAAGCCCGUCACAAUCAAAAUCACUACUGUCUACACUAUCAUCAUCCGAAACAUCUGCCCAUCUCUUGUCUAUCCUUGCAAGUAUUAGCCCUCUCGCUCACCAAUUGGUUCCUCCGCUAUAUCAGACCUACCUUUUGAAUUUCUCGAGUCCCUUUUUUUUUUUUUUGGUUUUUUCAGCAGAUGAAUCUCAAAUUUCUUCAAGACGUUUCCUCAUUCCAAAACCCUUCUGCACUACCUCACGGUGAACGUAAACAUUUUGACCCAUCUGACUAUCUGAAUUUGCUCCCUUACCGUCUGAAAUUCCUUCCAAAUCCACAAUAAAAUCCUGACUUUCAUUCUCAUAAGAAUUAAUAUUCCUAGAUGCAUCUCCCUCAAUUUCAUCCCUGAAACCCUUCAAAGUUUGCAUCAUUGAAGAUUAAGGGUAGUUUGUUGGCGGCGUCGUCGUUUCGGUGGCAAAAAUCAGAACGGAGGUGAACUGAGAAGGAUUAUUGAGCAAAAGGGAAUGGGAUUUCCUCGAAGUCUUGAAGUUUGGAAAAUGGGUACAGUCAACUAUAUGGAUGCACUUAAGCUGCAGGACAGGCUGGUCUCUCAUAGAAAAUCUAGUAAGAUUUCAGAUACUCUCUUGUCCCUACAGCAUCCACCUACAUAUACUCUUGGCAAACGGCGAACUGAUCAUAAUUUACUAGUCCCCCGGUCUGAACUUGAAACUAUUGGAGCUGAACUUCAUUACACUCAAAGGGGAGGUGACAUUACAUUUCAUGGUCCUCAUCAAGCCAUCUUAUAUCCCAUCAUUUCUCUUCGGGAUAUUGGAAUUGGUGCUCGAAUGUAUGUUGAGAAACUUGAGUCAACUAUGAUUGAGUUGGCAUCUCUAUAUGGUGUUAAAGCACGGGCUGGACGAACAGGGGAAACUGGAGUUUGGGUUGGAGAGAAAAAGAUUGGUGCAAUUGGAGUUCGGAUUUCGUCUGGGAUUACCUCUCAUGGGUUGGCAUUUAACAUUGACCCUGAUUUGAACUAUUUCAAGCAUAUUGUGCCUUGUGGUCUAUCAGAUAAAGAAGUUACAUCGUUGAGAAGGGAGACAAAUUUGGUGCUCCCUGCUGAAGAAGUCAUUCAUGAUCAGUUGAUUUCUUCUUUUGCUAGGUCAUUUGGUUUUCCCAGUCUAAUUUGGAAAGAUGAUGCAUCCGUAUUGUUGCGUAAUGUAAAAAUAAAAUGAUUGUCAUCGUAUGCCAACAAAUUAAUUAUUCUUUGCACAAAUUGUAAUUAUACAUUUUUUUAAAUCAAACUUAUUUCUUCAAGUUGCUAA